AAGUUUUAAACAAGGUACCUAAGGCAAGUUGCAACUCACAGGAAGACUUUGCACUCACAGGCUUAUUAAAAAUGUCUCGAGGCUGGGUGUGUGGUGGCUCAUGCUGUAUCCCAGCACUCUGGGAGGCCAAGGCGGGUGGAUCACUUGAGGUUAGGAGUUCGAGACCAACCUGGCCAACGUGGUAAAACCCCGUCUCUACUAAAAAUACAAAAAAUUAGCCAGGUGUGGGAGAUGCACCUAUAAUCCCAGUUACUUGGGAGGCUGAGACAGGAGAAUCACUUGAACCCGGGACGCGGAGGUUGCAGUGAGCUGAGAUCAUGCCAUUGCACUCCAGCCUGGGCAAGAGAGAGAGACUUUGUCUCAAAAAAGAAAAAAAAAGAAAAAGAAAAAGAAAAAGAAAAAGAAAAAAAAGUCCCAACCUGCCAUGGUAUAGCUGAAGUCCUCUUUCUAUAUGUCAUGUUGUUAUGUGUUAACCUUCAUAGCCAAUUCCCAGGAGAGGAAAGCUUGUUCCAAUUAGGGCCUAGCUCUCUUUUGGCACAGACCAUGAACAAAAGCUAUUUUCAUAAAUUCAGGCAUCAGACAUUACAUCAUAUGGACAAAAGAAAAUUCUUUCUUCCCCAGAUGUUUACUGACACAACAAAUAUCCAAAACAUGAACCACCACAGAAGAAAAUAACUAGCCCUUCACAUACAACCAUUAGAAAACGAGCAAAGGAAGGUGAGGACAAAGAUACCAGCAGCAUCCUGGUGCUGCCUCUGUCUGCCAACAGUUCUAAACAAGGAACAGCUCCAUGAGACCCCAUCAUGUGAAAGGAAUUCCCUUAACAGUGGCCCUGUCAAUCACAUGUCUCUGUCCACAGGCUUGAAUUGUCAUCACUGACAGGCAUGGCUCCAAUUUAACACUGGCGCCUUCAGUGAACUCAUUCUCAUAGCUUUCCUAGGCAGACGGCCCUCACCCUAACAGCUCUCAGCACCCAGCAGCCAGCUGUGCUCUACUUCUCUAUUUCCAGCCAUCAAUGGGACAUUUCCAUGGACUGGCCACCUGUCAUCUCUAAUUCACGAACAGAUCAUCACCUCCCACACUGACUUCUUAUCCUCAGCUCUGCUACUUCUGCCAGUAGAUUUAAAAUUCUUCUCAUGGUGAAGGUGCGACAUCACCUUCUAUUUCCUUUAUCCCAAUAUUCAAGUCUUACUUCAAAAUAUUUCUCAACUUAGCAGUUUUCUCUCAUUGUCACUGCCACUGCCUCAGUCCAGGAUGUCAUCAUCCCAUACCUGUUACUCUAACAAUCUCCUAACUGACCUCUCAAACUCUUUUCCUUCCUCUGCCCAAUCCAUCCUGUCUACCACAGGCCAACCAAUCUUCCCAUAGCACUGCUUUCACUGUUUCACAAAAACCCACAAUUGUUUCUUACAAUUUCAAGUCAUGAUUCCUCUGCCUGGCUUUCUGCAGCCUCCAUAACCCAGCCCCUGAAAACAGCCUCUCUUUCUGGUGCCGAAUCUUUGCUUUCCAAUGAGCCACACUCCUCAUGCUUUUCAGCAAAUAUUUACUGAGCAAAUAUUGGCACUGGCAGCCUCGCUUCCCAGUGCAGGUAGACUCACAGUUGAGUCCAUUGUGAACUUUGUUCUGAAUGAUUCCUUACUUCCUCAGCAAGUCUAUUAUUUCUGGCUAAAUGAUAUGUAGAAAGAGAAACGAAAAAAAAAAUCUCUGUCCUCAAGAACUUACCGUCUAACUGAGGAUAAGAAAUAAAGUAAUUAACCAAUGCAACAAAUCAAAAUGCAGGAAGAACCUAUGCAUUAAUAGAACUACAAGCAAAGCACAAUGGGAGAAGAAGAUACGAUUCAUCUGAUUGAGGAGACUGAGGGAGGCAUAUGAAAGAGGCAUCCUUAAAGCCUGGAGAGGAAUUGACAGGCAGAGAGAGGACAGGAAUGACAGGAACAAAGAUGGUGACGGGGGAAUGUGAGCAGAGAUGGUCAAGAUCAGGCCAGAUCUCUACCUUGCCACACCCAUUCCCAUCUCUGUGCCUUUAACCUAUCUUUUCCUUCCCAGGUAAGAGGCCCUCCCCUGCUCACCAAUCACACCUUUCAGUCACUGCAACCUCUACCUCCUGGGUUCAAGUGAUUCUCCUGCCUCAGCGUCCUGAGUAGUUGGGACUACAGCCUGCUGAAUCCCAGCCUGAACAGACCUGAUUACUGCUGUGGAAGGCAUGUAUACAGCCACUGAAGCAGCAAGUUUUGCUUCUGAAACAAUCUUUUAAGUUUUCCAACAGGGUACUAUCAGGCAGGUGAGGAUACAAGGAGAAGUUGAAAAUUCCAACAUGGAAGAGGUACUUCACAUAAACCUCACCAUGGUGGCACCCUGAUUUCAGACUUCCAGCCUCUAGAACUUCCACCAUUACUGAAGCAAUCUGCCUUUACUGAGGCAGUCCACCAUUACCGAGGCAAUCAGCCAUUACUAAGGCAGUUCUAACUGUACCACUGUAAACAAAACCACAAGGAAGUUCACACAACAGCUGGGCAGAGCCCACAGCAGCUCAGCAAUGCCUCUGCUGGCAGACUGUGAAUGGACUACCUCCUUGCUGGGCAGGGCAUCUCUGGAAAAAGGCAGCAGCAUGUCAGGAACUUAUAAAUAAAGUCCCAGGAAAGAGCACCUGGCAAAAAAUGUGGUUAUGAGUUCCACUGCAGCAGACUUAAAUGUACCUGCCCAGCAGCUCUGCAAGGCAAAAUGGAGCUCCCAGCUCAGCACUUGAACUCCUAUAAGGGACAGACUGUCUCCUCAAGCAGCUCCCCAACCCCCAUAUAUCCAAAGAGACACCUCAUAAAGGAGAGCUCAGGCUGACAUCUGGCGGGUACCCUUCUGGGAUUAAGAUAACAGAAGAAACCAGCAGCAACCCUUACUGUUCUGCAGCUGCUGCAGGUGAUCCCCAGGCAAGCAGGGUCUAGAGUGGACCUCCAGCAGUCCUGCAGCAGAGGGGCCUGUUAGAAGGAAAACUAAAAAACAGAAAUAGCUUCAACAUCAACGAAAAGGACGUCCACUCAGAGAACCCAUCCGAAAGUCACCAACUACAAAGACCACAGGUAGAUAAAUCCACACAGAUGGGAAGAAACCAGUGCAAAAAGGAUGAAAACACCAAAAACCAGAACACCUCUCCUCCUCCAAGGGAUCACAACUCCCCACCAGCAAGGGGACAAAGCUGUGUAGAGAAUGAGUCUGAUGAAUUGACAGAAACAGUCUUCAGAAGCUGGGUAAUAACAAACUUCUCUGAGCUAAAAGAACAUGUUCUAACCCAGUGCAAAGAAACUAAGAACUUAAAAAAAAAAAAAAAUGCUUUCCAGCAGUGACAACCAACACACGAGAACAUGCCUCUAGCAAAGGAUCUCCUUCAUCCCUCUCCAGAAGAGAAGAGGAAACACAAGAAGAAAUGCCUGGUGCAGAGCCCCAAUUCCUACUUCAUGGAUGUGAAAUGCCCAGGAUGCUAUAAAAUCACCUUGGUCUUCAGCCAUGCACAAAUGGUAGUUUUGUGUGUUGGCUGCUCCACUGUCCUCUGCCAGCCUACAGGGGGAAAAGCAAGGCUUACAGGAGGAUGUUCUUUCAGGAGGAAGCAGCACUAAAAGCAGUUUGAACCAAGAUGAGUGGGAAACCACCUCAAUAAACACAUUUUGGA